UCCAUGUGUUCCUUAAGCUCUUGUUGUUUUCAUCAUCUUCUCAUUGUUAUUACCUUAACAUUUUUCUGGGUUUUCACUAAUUCUAGAGCUGCUCAGUCAUGUUCUUCACAGAAAGAAACUACUUCUGGAUCUGCAUGUCCGCCUUUUACUUCAACUCCUCCAUUUCCUUUCUCUUCUUCACCUGGUUGUGGCCAUCCUUCAUUUCAGAUUAAUUGUUCAUCUUCUUCUUCACACGCUAUUAUCUCUAUUAAUAGCCUUAAUUUUUCUCUCCUUCAUUACGAACCCAACUCCACCUCUCUCUCUCUCUCUCCACAACCCAUAAAAUCUCCUAAUGCUUGUCCUUCUUUGCACUUGCUUGCCGUACCGGACCAUUCCAUCAACUUCUCCGGCUCUCCCUUUCGAGUCUCCGACGCUUCUUGCUCUCGCCUCUCUGUUCUUCGUGCUUGUUCCCCUCCAAAUCUUCCCAACUGUAGCCAUUGUCCCUUUGAAUGCAAGCUCAUCAAGAACCCGGCGAAGCUCGUCCAUGACUGUGAAUCUACACACCAUGUUGAUCUUUCAUCUGAGCAGGGUUGCCAAAGUGACGUCUUGGAUUUUCUUGAUAAUUUCUUGAUAUCGGCGGGUAUCCAAGUUGAGUAUGAUGAAGCUCAAGACUCUUACUUUUCGAGCUGCAAAUCUUGCCAUGCUCAGAACGGUGUUUGUGGCUUCAACUCUUCACACCCCAACAAGCCAUUUAUAUGUUUCCACUCCAAAUCUAGCGUAUCAGCUCCUUGGAUCCAUGAAACCAACCUGAAUCGUAUCGCUAUCUUGAGUAUCAUCUUCUCAUUAACAUGUUUGCUACUUGCAUUUUCAGUUGGCAUAGCUAUUUUUAGGUCUAGACAGUUCAAAUCAGCCUCAGAUGAAGAUCCAACAAUUCUCUUUCUUCACCGUCACCGCUCAGCUAGUCUCCUCCCUCCUGUCUUCACCUACGAAGAACUCGAAUUUUCAACUAAUAAGUUCGACCCAAAGCGCAAAAUCGGUGAUGGAGGGUUUGGUUCAGUCUACUUAGGUCAACUCUUCGAUGGCCGAAUCGUUGCAGUAAAAUAUCUACACUGUAAACAACACCACAGCACACCAUCUUCUACCAAAGCCUUCUCUACCAAAUCUUUCUGCAAUGAAAUCUUGAUUUUGUCCUCCAUUGAUCACCCAAAUCUCGUCAAACUUCACGGGUACUGCAGCGACCCUAGAGGCUUACUUCUAGUGUAUGAAUAUAUCACUAAUGGAACUCUUGCAGACCAUCUUCAUGGAUCAAAUAGCCUGUAUCGUAAAGGGUCUUUGACGUGGCAAGUGAGACUUGACAUUGCUCUGCAAACGGCUUUAGCUCUCGAGUACUUGCAUUUCUCAGUUGUGCCGCCAAUUGUACACAGAGAUAUCACGACGUCAAAUAUUUUUGUUGAGAAAGACAUGAGAAUCAAGGUUGGAGAUUUCGGGUUGUCAAGGCUUAUGGUUCUUCCUGAGACGACGUCGUCGUCAAGUUCUGGGUUUGUGUGUACAGGACCUCAGGGGACGCCCGGGUAUUUAGACCCGGACUAUCACCGGUCUUUCCGGUUGACUGAAAAGAGUGACGUGUACAGUUUCGGUGUGGUGCUGUUGGAGUUGAUAUCUGGGUUGAAAGCAGUGGAUCAGAGUAGAGAUAAGCGUGAGGUGGCAUUGGCUGAUUUAGUGGUGUCGAAGAUCCAACUGGGUAUGCUCCAUCAGGUGGUGGACCCGGUUUUGGUGGAUGAUGAGGAGGCAAUGGAGGGUGUUGAUGCGGCAGCUGAACUGGCGUUCCGGUGCGUGGCGGCGGACAAAGAUGACCGUCCGGAUGCAAAGGAAAUAGUGGAGGAGCUGAAAAGAAUCAGAAACAGCCGUACACGUGGGCUUCCUGGGUCGAAUUCGAAUGCAAGUGACGUGUCAACAUUGAACGGAGUUGAUUUGAUGUGAUUCGUGAAUGUUGUCCACCUGCAAAUGCACAUGUGCGGAGUGGGGUUUGACUGAGUUGUCAAUACAUUCUCAGUUGCACUAUAUAUUUUUACUUUUGUGAUUUGUAUAGACAAUAAAUUAUUAGUUGAUACUAUUCUCAUCAUCACUACUUGGUAAAUGAUUCGUACUAUCUUUUGUAAGUGAUUUUAGCUGCAAUCGCUGUAUAAUGCACAUUCUAUGAGCCUAAAUCAUUAAUGGUCUUCUUUAAAUUCA